AUGCAAUUCAUUGUUAAGGACGCUUCCGGUAAGCCGGUCAAGGCUCUGGAGCUGACGGCGGAUGAAGUCGAGAAGAAGUUGGAAUCGGCAUUAGAGAAAGUUUUUGCAUCAGUUCCCGUCGAGGAAAGGAUAGCUCUGGUGAAAGAGCUGGGUCUGUUCCGCCAGGGCAUCAAGAACGGUAAUGUCCGUGUCGGCAUCGACGAGGACCGCCAGUUCGUCGAGCUGGUCUACGCCCUCGUGGCUGGGAAAACUGUAUCAUUCCCGCGGCUUUGGAAGGGAGUAACUGGAUCGCCUCCCACGUUCUCUAUCACUUUGCCUGACCUGGACGUUUUCGAUAGGAAGCUGGUCGUUUUGGAAGGGCUUGUGGCAUGGUACGAGACCCUGUUGCUGAAGCGGCUUACCAUGCCAAAGUCGGCCCGGGCGAGCUAUGAAAUGUGGUUGGGGAGUAUUCCUUGGAGCUACAAGGAAGAGUGCAUCUUCAACGAGGAUGAGCACGACUUCAACGACCGCUGCUACGAGGUGAGGAGCGACUUCAAUGAGCGCUUGCUUAAGUAUGAGUAG